AUGGCUGUUGUCAAGGGAACAGGGUCCGGCAAGCCGGUGCUUUUCUUCGAUAUUGACAAUUGUCUCUACUCCCGAAGCACCAAAGUCCAGGACCUGAUGGCAGAACUAAUCGAUAGCUACUUUGCUAAACACCUGGAUCUUCCCUGGGAGGAAGCCGUCAGGCUUCACAAGGAGUACUACACAAGCUAUGGGUUGGCCAUCGAGGGCCUUGUCCGCCACCACCAGAUCAACCCCUUGGAAUAUAACGCCGAGGUCGACGAUGCCUUGCCGCUCGAGGACAUUAUCAAACCUGACCCGGCGUUGCGAAGACUGUUGGAAAGUAUUGACCGAUCCAAGGUCAAGAUUUGGGCCUUUACCAAUGCUUACGUCACCCAUGCCAACAGGGUCCUCCGCCUUCUUGGCGUUGAGGAUCUCUUCGACGGCCUUACCUACUGUGAUUACUCACAACAGCCUUUGAUCUGCAAGCCGCACCCAGAUAUGUACGAAAAAGCCAUGCGAGAAGCCGGGGUCAGUGAUGUCAAAGACUGUUACUUUGUUGAUGAUUCUUUCUUGAACUGCACAAAAGCCAGGGACUUUGGUUGGACGGCAGCCCAUCUAGUGGAGGAGGGUCUCCCAGUACCCGGGACUAGAGCCUCCCAGGACCAGAUUCGUCACCUGGGUGAACUGCGAACCAUCUACCCGCAGUUCUUCAAGCCGUCUUGA